GACCUCUUUACUCCCUCAGUUUCAUUACAAGCCAUAAUAGCAUUGGGUUCUUCUCUAGUCUCUGUCCUACCACAAAAAUGGUCCCAAAACCAAUCUUAGUCACAACACCACCGCCGGCAACUUCUGCACCCUCUCCACCGCUCAACGCAGUUUCACCCCUCAAAACAGAAGAAAAACCCCAAACACAAACCCUAAAAACCCCCACCACCACCACUCAAAAAGCUAUAACCAAACCAAGCCCAUCAUCAUCCACCACCAAAACGACGCCGCAGCAGCGCGUGGAGCUAAAGAGAAAAACAAACUCAUGGGUCCCCGCACUAAUGCUAAACGCAUUCGACGACAUCAUCAACAACUUCAUAGACCCUCCACUCAAACCCUCCAUAGACCCUCGCCACGUGUUGUCACAAAACUUCGCCCCCGUCCACGAGCUUCCUCCGACGGAGUGUGAAGUCAUUGAAGGCUCUCUCCCACCGUCCCUCGACGGCGCCUACAUCCGAAACGGCCCCAACCCCCAGUUCCUCCCGCGUGGGCCCUACCACCUCUUCGACGGCGACGGCAUGCUCCACGCGCUUCGCAUCUCCCAUGGCAAAAAACCCACGCUCUGCAGCCGCUACGUUAAAACCUACAAAUACACCAUGGAAAACGACGCCGGUUUCCCUCUCAUCCCCAACGUGUUCUCCGGCUUCAACUCCCUCGUGGCCUCCGCGGCACGUGGCUCCCUCUCCGCUGCACGUUUCUUAACGGGGCAGUUUAACCCCGCUAACGGCAUUGGCCUGGCCAACACCAGCUUAGCCUUCUUCGGGAAUCGUCUCUUCGCGCUUGGCGAAUCCGACCUCCCUUACGUCGUUAACGUAACCCCUGACGGCGACAUCGAAACCCUCGGCCGUCACGACUUUGACGGAAAACUCACGUUCAGCAUGACGGCGCACCCUAAGAUAGACCCCGACACAGCGGAGUGCUUCGCCUUCCGUUACGGCCCCGUGCCACCGUUCCUCACCUACUUCCGUUUCGACGGUAACGGCAAAAAACACGAGGACGUUCCUAUUUUCUCCAUGCUAACACCUUCGUUCCUCCACGAUUUCGCCAUUACGAAGAAAUACGCGAUCUUCUGUGAUAUUCAGCUCGGAUUGAACCCUCUUGACAUGAUCUCCGGUGGCUCCCCCGUCGGCUCCGUCGCCUCCAAGGUCCCAAGGAUCGGAAUCCUCCCUCGUGAUGCUAAGGAUGAGUCGAUGAUGAAGUGGUUUGAGGUGCCGGGGUUCAACAUCAUUCACGCGAUAAACGCGUGGGAGGAGGACGAGGGAAGAACGGUGGUGCUGGUGGCGCCGAAUAUUCUUUCGAUGGAGCACGCGCUGGAGAGAAUGGAGCUAGUUCACGCGAUGGUGGAGAAGGUUCGGAUCGAGCUGGACACGGGGAUAAUCACGCGGCAACCGGUGUCGGCGCGGAAUCUCGAUUUCGCAGUUAUAAACCCUGCGUUCGUGGGGAAGAAGAACAGGUUCGUUUACGCGGCGGUGGGGGACCCAAUGCCGAAGAUCUCGGGGGUGGUGAAACUCGACGUGUCGAAGGGGGAGGAGCGGAGGGACUGCACGGUGGGGUGCAGGAUGUACGGCGAGGGUUGCUACGGCGGAGAACCGUUCUUCGUGGCGAGGGAAGAAGGGGGCGAGGAAGAUGAUGGGUACUUGGUGAGUUACGUGCACGAUGAGAGGAAGGGGGAGUCGAGGUUUUUGGUGAUGGACGCGAAGUCGCCGGAGCUAGAUGUUGUGGCGGCGGUGAGGCUUCCGCGGCGGGUGCCGUACGGGUUCCAUGGGCUGUUUGUGAAGGAGAGUGAGCUGAGGAAAGUGUCGUUGUCGUGAAGCUGAGACAUGAUGGUUCGUGUGUGGGGCUUGUCUUCCACGCUUCUGUCCAUUAUACAUGUGUCCUGUAAUGUAAUGUAUAGCACCAUUAUUGCUUCUCAGAAUUAAUUGAUGAGGUGUAAUUAGUAAUUACAUGCAAGUCUAUGCCAGCUAAACAAAGUAAUCAUCCUUCAUGUAUGGGUGAAUCAUGAAGGAACAGCUGAAUAAAUUAUUUGUAUUUUUCAUUAUUACCGUUACAUUUGUUUUUGAGUUU